GUGCGUUUUGAGCCUCCUGUCAAAGUCCUCCAGCUGGGCUAACGGGGCAUGUUCAAAAAGCAGUGAAGUGCUUUGAGUCGUUAUAAGAAUGAAAACUAAUAAUCUUUCUUUCGAUCUGUUCUCCACUUCUCUCCCUCUCUUGAGUUGUUGAUCAUUAACAUAACCUCAACACUUAUUCUUAUUAUUACCAUCCUCUUCAGGCUCUGUCCUCUGCCUUUGAUUACUUCCUCUUAACUACCAAACACUUGUAUUCAUCACUAUACUUUAAUUUGUCUACUUUUACUACACUUGAGCCUUAUGUUUCCAUAACUAAAUCAUUUACUUCUCCAUCAUAUUUCAUCAUCUUUCAUCUGGUUGCUAAGUUCGCAGGUAUGGACAAGUACAGGAAACAUAAUUAUACUUCUCUACCCGGAGACAGCAAGAGAUACACGAGUCGCGGUGAAAGAGAUCAGAAUCCUUCCUUCUCAUCCACUCUGCUGGACCAAAUUUAUCGGUCAAUUGACGAAAACAAUGAUCAUCGUGUCGCGGUUGAUGAUGAGGUUGUGCUUUCCAGGGAGACUGUGACGAUUAAAAAGAAGAAACAGUACAUUUAUACAAGUGUUGAGAAAAAAGAAGCAGCACAUUUUCAGCGAAUUGAGAAAAAUAAGGCCUCUGACAACAUAUACCAGAGGAAAAAUGGCGAAAAUUAUGGCGGCCUAAUGACUUUGAAUUCAAGUUGGAGCUCUUCGGAUUCUAGCUCUGGAGGCCUCUUCUCCUCCGAAGCUGAUUCAAAUUAUGGAGUUUCAUCGUUGUAUGCUCAUAGGCCUAAGCCUAUCAGGACCAGCACCGAGAAAAUUUCACACGAAGAGAAGCGAAAGCACACAUCUGACAGUGUCGUUAAGAGAUCAAAAUUGAAAGCAGUACUUAAGAUUUACGGUGAUUUGAAAAAUGUGAAGCAGCCAAUUUCACCAGGCGCUAAGCUGGCUAGUUUUCUCAAUUCGCUUUUCAGUGCACGAGAAAAUACUAAAAAAGGAAAAUUUUCAGGAGCUAAUUCAUCCACCGCUUCUGCAUGCUCAGCUUCCAGGUCAUGUCUAAGCAAAACUCCAUCAACAAGGGAAAAAUUAUCUGACAGUGCCGCGAAAAAGUCAGUGCGGUUCCAUCCUGUCAGUGCCAGUAUGGACAAAAGUAGUCAGCUGCAGCGCGGCAAUAGGGGAAAUGAUUCAGAAGUUCCUGAUCAGAGAAACCGCGUGAAUGAUGAGGUAAUGUAUGAUCUCAGGAGGAAAAACCAGAGAGUUGAAGAAAGAACCAGAGAAUUGCUGCAGAAUUACGCGAGGAAAGCUGAAUCAGAGAGCGACGAGGAUGAAGAUGAAGAUGAUGAUGAUGCUAGUUAUGCAAGUUCUGAUUUGUUUGAGCUUGAUAGUCUUAACAAUUGUGGAAUUAAUGUAAGGGGAGAUUACAUGGAGGAAUUGCCUGUAUAUGAAACUACUUAUCUUCAUGCUAACCUCCUAGCUCUGCAGACUAAUUAAUACUAGUAGUAAGCUGUAAUCUUGUGUAUCAUUAGCAUAAUUUUAUUUUUCUAGUUUCUGGUUUUGGCUUUCUGAGAAAUAAAACAAGAUUGUUAUGA